UCAUCAAGCUUAUCCGAUCGUCUCGAACUUUCGGUAAGUGAGUUGGACCAUUCGGACUGCUCGGGAACCACCUUGGAAACCAACCGGGGCUUCUGGACCAAGUUGAACUGGUCUGGUGCGAGGUGGACACGUCUGGGCCGGUCUGGAAUACCCUGGGCUCGAGCUGGUCCGGUCUGGGCUGCUUUCCAAGUCACUGGGCUGCUCUUCAGCUGUUCGGCCGCGGAGAGAACGCGCACAUGGGCCAG